AUGCCUGAACUGUAUAAAUUAUAUCAAUUCGAAGAUGGUCCUGAACUAUUAACUUAUGCUGCAACUAUUUUAGAUGAAAAUGUAUUGAAAUUAGAACAGCAACUCUAUUCUCAAGCGUAUUCACAAGCAAAUGAUGGUAAAGUAUUGUUAACACCACCAUUUUCACGAUUCACGAACGCUUUGCGAAAAUUGCACUAUGAUACUGAAUUGAAAAUGCAAAAAUCAGCAAUAGGGGCAGAACCAAUUAUAAUGAAUGCUAGUAAUAGUGUUGGUGUACAAGCAUGUGCUGAAUUUUCAGCGUUAGAUGACCGAGCUUCUGAUACGAUGAAAGAAAAUAGUUUUCAAAAUUUAGCACAAGUCUUAUUUGAUGCUGGUCGUGCACUCACCAAGUCAUCAAUACAAGUACAAGCUAUUCUUCCAAACCCUACUACUGCAAUAAAUUAA